AAUUCACCGACGCACCGAGAACUUCCGUCCAGCUCAUUUACUUCUGCAUCAUCAAAGUUGACAGGAAAACAUCCAGUGUUUGAAGCUCAGUUUCUCCGCAGCUGAAUAUUGACCUGAUCAGUAUGAUUUUACUGACGAUGAUCGCUCGUGUAGCGGACGGACUUCCGCUCGCGGCCUCCAUACAGGAGGAUGACCAGUCAGGAAGAGACCUCCAGCAGUACCAGAGCCAAGCCAAACAGCUGUGCCGGAAACUGAAUGCUCAGAGUCCUGACCGCUGCACCCUGGAGGCCGGGGUAAUGAACUUUCACUAUUUAAUAGCGCAGGGUGUUUGCUACCUGUCCCUCUGUGAGGCUUCAUUUCCCAAAAAGAUGGCGUUUGCGUACCUUGAAGACCUCCACAACGAGUUCUAUGAGCAAUAUGGAAGGAGAGUCCCUACAGUGACAAGGCCAUACUCUUUCAUCGAGUUUGACACAUACAUCCAGAAGACAAAGAAGUCGUACAUCGAUAGCAGGGCCAGGAGGAACUUGGGGAGUAUUAACACGGAGCUGCAGGACGUCCAGAGAAUCAUGGUGGCCAAUAUUGAGGAAGUUCUGCAACGAGGAGAAGCCCUUUCUGCUUUAGACACCAAAGCCAGCAAUCUGUCCUCUCUGUCGAAGAAAUACCGCAGCGAUGCCAAGUACCUCAACACCCGCUCUACAUAUGCCAAGGUGGCUGCCGUGGCAGUCUUCUUCAUCACACUCAUCAUCUAUGUGCGCUUCUGGUGGCUCUGAUGGAGUCUGACACAAGGACUUUGGGGGGGAAGGUGUUUCUCUUUGAAAACUAAGCAUUUACUUUUUUCAUCAUAUACCACGGUGCCUUAAAGGGGUCGUAUACAAUCUGUCCAUGUUGAAGUUAACAGAUACAGCUUAGAGUCAUGCUACGUAUAUUCAGUAUAAACUGAGCCAUAGGUCUGUAAUGGGAUGUCUGUUAUGGAAGCAAAUGCUUCAUGAUGAGUUCAAAUAAUUCUGUUUACUGGAACAUUAAGAGCAGGGUUUACAGAUGAAUAUGUUUACACAGUGGAACAGGGGUUUCUUUCAGAGUUUCAGCAUUAAGGAGAAACUUUAUAUACAUAUGCAGAAGUUCUGAUGAAAGUCUUAAUACUGUGAGUAAAAAAAAUGUUUAUUGUUCACAAAGUUUACAGAAUUGUAAGAAAGUCUUAUUGAAAAGAUUAAAUAUUUAUCAAAUUGUCA